GAGGACUCAUCCCCUCCUAACAUCACCUCUCAGUCGGGACCAUCCUCCAGAGACGGCGGGCGGCAGCAGCUCUGUAAACACGCCGGGAACUUGUCAGCUGCCCCGGGUCAACAACACAUGGACGAUAAAAACAAACAAAAAGUAUCAUUCCGAGAAAGGAAGCACGUCGGCUGCUGUUGCUGCUGUCACUGGAGCAGGAAGGGGGUUUCUAGGAGCACUUUACUGGCGAGCUAACUACACCGGCACCUUACGGGCCAGGCAGAAGAGAGCAGAACCAAACAGCCGAAAGGGGAACCAAGUAGGGCGGCUCUUUUACUGGGUGAAGAGGGGGUGAAUUCAUACGCCCUGCUCUGCAGAUGGCAUCUACCGACUCACGGCUCCAUCAGCCUCCCUCGCAGAAAGACGCGGCCGACCAAAACUUCGACUACAUGUUCAAGCUGCUGAUCAUCGGGAACAGCAGCGUCGGAAAGACCUCCUUCCUGUUCCGCUACGCCGACGACUCCUUCACCCCCGCCUUCGUCAGCACGGUGGGCAUCGACUUCAAGGUCAAAACUGUCUUCCGCAACAACAAGCGGAUCAAGUUGCAGAUUUGGGACACAGCAGGACAGGAGCGCUACCGUACCAUCACUACAGCGUACUACAGAGGAGCCAUGGGCUUCCUGCUCAUGUAUGACGUCUCCAACCAGGACUCCUUCGGUGCAGUGCAGGACUGGGCGACACAGAUCAAGACGUACUCAUGGGACAACACUCAGGUCAUCCUGGUUGGUAACAAGUGUGACCUUGAGGAUGAAAGGGUCAUAGCCACAGAGGACGGCCAGCGGCUGGCUGAGGAGCUCGGCUUCCGUUUCUUCGAGGCCAGCGCCAAGGACAACAUCAACGUCAAGCAGGUGUUCGAGUGUCUAGUCGACAUUAUCUGUGACAAGAUGAAUGAGACCAUGGAGGAAGAGAGCAACCUCACAACCAACCACGCGACCCACGGCUCUAAAGACUCUUCAGAAAGCAACGGUGCCUGCGCCUGCUAAGCAACGGGCCUUUUUAGAACGUCUCCAAACACACACACACACACACACACACACGUACACUGAUAUAAAGAACAACUUCCACUCUGUGCCUGGACUGUGCAAAGUGCUACAGAGCCAGUUGGCUAAGUGACUACCUGAGACGAUCUUGGUUUGGCCUCUCCAACAGGGCUGACAUCUCCCGUAAAAUGAACCGUUUCUUUCCAUCUCUGUUCUUUUUCUCUUUUUUUUUUUUUUUGGUGUUAUAACUUAUAACUGUGUUCUGAAGCCUCUCCAAGGUUCAACGUCCUGGGCUAAUCAGCAUUUGAUAUUUCCAGUGCCUGCUUUAUGGAUUUGGUUUUCUAACCAUCAGGAAGCCACCGCACACCAAUCUAAUGAUUAACGCAUCCGACAACAUUUGUACCACAAUAAGAUAUUUGCUAUACAUUUUAUUUAAUAUGUAUUUAAUAGGAAAAAAAUUGAAACCUCAUCAUGUACCAAAGUCACUUACCUUGUGGAUUUUAACAUCUGCCAAUAUAAGAUUUGCAGUGAUUUCAUUAACUUUUUUUUUAAGAAGUAUGGAGCAAAUACAAUAAUUGUACAGAUGUAGAUAAAUCUAUUGGCACCUAUGGUAAAACUGAGUAUGAAAAAUUAAAUAAAAUCCUUUAUCACAGCAAAAAUCCAACCUACUCUUUUAGAAAAUGUUUUCAGUGUGGGGAACAUAAGCAACAUGUUGGGAAAUGAUUAGUUAUGAGAAAAGCACUGGUUGUAGGAAUCCCCUCACAAAGUUUGUCUUUAAACAAAUAGCAGAAAAUGAUUUCAUAUUCAAACUUACAUUUUUAAGUUGAUCUUAAAUCUUAGGAAAUCUUCUAGUUGGUGUUUUAGGACUUCUUGUUUCACUGGGGUAUAAAUUAGACGUGACACACAAGGCCCAGUUCUUAGACUGUGCUUGACUGGAACCGUAUUCAUCCAGCCGCCACACAGUGACAACCACUGAAAACUGCUGCCCUAAAGACAGAUGAGGAAAGCAACUCUGUGUUUGCAUUAACGGAGUACUAAUGUGGUAAAUCAUCUUGUUAUUGGUGUAAUUACUCUCCUCUAAAAGUGAAACAGUCGGAGUGUGUGUGAGCUCAGAGAAGCUCACACACACUCCUCAGUCAAGGCCUCUUUUGUCUUUUCUUCCUCUUUACUGUUAGAAUAAGCUAAUUAAAUAAGCUAUAGUCAUUCCAUGUGUUUACCACAAUAAAACCACUUUUUCUUCACAGCA